AAGAAACUACGAACGAUUCCAAUCUUAUACCAUCACCCGUCCGUCGCCAUCAAGUUCAACAACAUUGCAAUUGCAGACCUCCUGCCUAGUGAAGAUAUAAACGAAUUCGGAAACGACCGAACAGUCUCAAGAUUCACAUGAAUCGAAGAUAGGUGUGUCUAAUCUAAUGGCAUGGCUUUGUUUGUUAAUGAUACUAUCAACAUGUAAGACAACAUGGGCUUUAGACACUCGUUCUGAAUCGAAGCUGAGUCACCUCACUCGAGAGCUGCUUCAAUCAGCAAGAGAACCAGAGUUCUUUGAGUGGUUAAAACGGAUUAGAAGGAGAAUCCACGAGGACCCGGAGCUGGCUUUUGAAGAAUACAACACGAGUCAACUCAUAAGAUCGGAACUUGACUCGCUUGGGAUUGAAUACAAGUGGCCUUUCGCAAAGACUGGGGUGGUGGGCUCGAUUGGGUCAGGGUUGCAGCCGUGGUUCGGGCUUAGAGCAGACAUGGAUGCCCUCCCAAUUCAGGAAAUGGUAGAGUGGGAGCAUAAAAGCAAGAACAAUGGCAAAAUGCAUGCAUGUGGCCAUGAUGCUCAUGUAACAAUGCUACUUGGAGCUGCCAAGUUGCUUGAACGCAUGAAGGAUGAACUGAAGGGAACUGUUAAGCUUGUCUUCCAGCCUGGAGAAGAAAGUUAUGGUGGUGCUUACCAUAUGCUAAAAGAAGGCGCUCUUGACAACUUUCAAGGCAUUUUUGGACUGCAUGUUGCACCAGAAAUCCCCGUUGGCACAGUUGAUUCAAGACCCGGUCCAAUGCUUGCUGCUUCGGGAAGGUUUAUAGCUACAAUUAAAGGGAAAGGUGGACAUGCUGCUCGUCCCCAGGAUACAAGAGAUCCCGUUGUAGCUGCUUCUUUUGCCAUUCUUGCUCUGCAACAGAUAGUUUCUCGAGAAACAGACCCUCUUGAUGCCAGGGUGGUCUCGGUCGGUUUCGUUGAGGCUGGCCAAGCUGGGAACGUAAUCCCGGAGACGGUGAGAUUCGGAGGCUCAAUUCGGAGCCUGACUACAGAAGGUCUAGUCUCCCUUCAGCAAAGGGUAAUGCAGAUUGUAGAGAUGCAAGCAGCUGUUCACCAGUGUACUGGUUCUUUAGAUUUCUUGGAAGAAAAAAUGAGGCCUUACCCAUCCACUGUAAAUGAUGAAGCCAUGUACAAACAUGCGAAACAAGUGGGGGAAGCUUUGCUUGGAGAAUCUAACGUGCUUCUUGCCCCAAUGACCAUGGGAGCAGAGGAUUUCAGCUUUUAUUCACAGAAGAUGAAAGCUGCAUUUUUCUUUAUUGGAACAAAGAAUGAAACAGUGAAAUCAGUGAAGAGAGUGCAUUCCCCGUACUUUGUUAUUGAUGAGGAGGUCCUUUCUAUUGGAGCAGCUUUCCAUGCCGCAGUUGCCAUUUCUUACUUGGAUGGCCAUGCUAUUGACACACAGUAGGAACCUAUUUAUGCUCCCUUGUUAUUUCUUUUAUGAAAAACGCCGUUAAAAUAAACGAUAAGGAAACAACAGUUUA